AUUGCAAAAGGAAAGUUUAGAACUCAACCAGUGACUGUACAUACUUUUCAUUGAAUUCAACCAAAGCAUUUUUAACCUCACUUUUUGUUUGAAAUUUGAGGUAUAUCUGAGUGUGUAUGCAUUCUGAAAUGAGGCAUAUGUGAAAAGAGGGCAGUUGGAGUUUAUCAUCGUUGACGGUUUCGGAACAUCUUCACAAUGAUUCACGAAGCACUGUUUUAUUUGUGGAAUUGCCCUGGUGAUCUUUUCAAAACUAAUAAGAAAGAUGAUUGGAUUAAUUCUGUAAGUAUACAAGAUUUUCUACAUCCUGCUGAAAGAGAGUUAUUACAAAGAAUUAUGACGAUUGCUUUAAAUUACCACGAAAUUGAAGACUUCAGGAAAACAGUAGAAAAUCAACAUAUUUUUGCAUACGACAACCAUAUCACUGAUGAUAAUGUAAGUAAUGAAAUCAAGCCUGGACUGUACGUUAAAGCAUUUUGCAACGGUGUUGAUACUGUCCUGGAAAGUUAUCGCAAUGAGAUUGUAAACUUGGAGGAUGUGAUUUUAAAAAAUCCACAAUUGUCACUGACGUUUGUGCUUAGCUCAGUCGAAAAGUAUGUUACGCUUUUUAAAACACUGAAACAAAUGAUUCAGUUAAUAAAAAGCGAAAAAAUUCACGGUUGUCCAUUGAUUGGGAAGUUACAAUCGUAUAUUGAUAGCGGCAUUGAUGCCAUUACGGAACCUACACUGAAAAUAAUCCUAUCUGUCAACACUGUUUUUUAUAAGCACUUGUGCAACUGGAUUGUUUAUGGAGAUCUAAUUGAUAAUUGCAAUGAAUUUUUUAUAUGCGAUGCCAAUUGUGCAGAUGAAAAUUUUCUCUAUCCCGACCAAUUGAAAGAAAGUGAUGGUUUGAAGAAAGACAGCUACUUUGAUAUAGAUUUCUCAAAAAAACAUAAAGUGAAGAGACCAUGCGAAGUGCGUAAAUUUUAUUUAAAAAAAGACAUGGUUCCGAUAAAUAUAUCUAUGGAAACUGCGGAAACAAUUCUAUUUCUUGGUCAGAUAGUGUGGAUAAUACGGAAUGAUCCAAAAACGUAUUUUGAUGAUAAAUUCCAACUAAAGUUUAAAAGAGACAUGUGGGACGGCACAGAUGUAGAAUACUACAGAAAAUUACAGUCACUCGAAAAUGUUCCGUUUAAUUCGAACGUAUUCGAUAAGACUAUCGAAGAAUGCAGACUAAAACUAACCAAAUACUUGUGGAAAAUAAUGAUUGACGAAGCAAAAUUAUUGGAUCAUCUACAAUUAAUAAGAGAUUACUAUGCACUAGGAAGAGGAGAACUAUUCCAACAGUUUAUUGUUCUAGCUGAAGAUCAUAUAAAGGAUAUUACAAAUGAGCAUAUCUUAACAAAUUUGAAUUUUAUUUUCUCUGAGACUGCUAGGAAAUUGUACACUGAGAAUGACAAAUCAUAUUUGUCUUUCGAAUUAACAUUGCCAAAACCCCUUGUAAAGUCCAAUAAUUCGAGUCCUUGGAGUCGCCUUGAAAUCAAUUUUAAUGUCAGCUGGCCAUUACACAUAUUAUUCCAUCCAACAGCUAUGGGUUUUUACAACAAACUUUUUUGCUUUCUUUUAAAAGUGAAGAAAACCCAUAUUGAUCUGCAUAAAAUAUGGCUGUUCCAUAUGGAAGGAAAACAUAAAAUAGAUCCAGCAGUGUGGACACUACGUAACAAUUUAAUGUACAUUGUAAAUAACCUACAGUAUUACCUACAAGUGGAUGUAAUCGAGGCGCGCUUUGCAAUUUUGAAGUCGGCUAUACAGGAUGCUAACGAAUUUGAAGAUAUUAUUCGUCUACAUUCAGAAUUUUUAAAGAAUCUACUACAUGAGACUUUUGUAAUGACAGCAUAUAAAGAUUCUGAACUGAAAUGCAAGCAUACAUUAUAUCAAGUACCAGCACUUAAACAGGAAAAAAAUAGCAUGGUGUAUGAAACAAUAUUGCAAAUCCUGAGUGUUUGUGACAAGUUCUGUUCUCUAGUGAAAAACUGGCAAAGUGAUCUUACAGAAGUGGAUCUACAAAAACUGUCAAAAUUAAAAACUGAAAGUGAGAGUUUGAUAGAAAUGUUGUUGCAUGUGUUGUAUUCAUUGCAUCAAAAAUCAUCCGGUCAACAUUUAUUACAAUUACUCCAUCACAUUGAUUACAAUCGUUGGUUCUCCAAAAAUAUUGUAAAUUUAAAUUUAACUGUUUCUUAAUAAAUAUGUCUCUCUUUAC